AUGAUGGGCUCCUGGUCAGAACACACCCCGGCCUCGACGCCGCAGGUGAAGUUCGAGAACUCCCCGGCCGAGUCCUUCAUCUCUACUCCCUGUGCCGACAUGUACUCUCUUUUCAGCACACCGGCCCCGACUUCCAUGGCCCCCGUGGAGGAUGUCAUGACCCCAGAGUCCAUCGAUGACGCCGACGUGAAAGAUGAGGUCGCUGAGACCCCUGAUGACGAGGCAGAGAAGAAGACUACCAAGAAGAGAAAGUCAUGGGGACAGGUUCUCCCAGAGCCCAAGACAAACCUCCCUCCAAGGAAACGAGCCAAGACGGAAGAUGAAAAGGAGCAACGACGAGUGGAACGUGUUCUUCGCAACCGCCGUGCAGCCCAGUCUUCCCGCGAGCGUAAGCGACAAGAGGUUGAGGCCUUGGAGAAGCGCAACAAGGAGCUUGAGGCUCUUCUCGACCAGCACAGGAAGCAGUCAGCGAUGCUAAUGGAAGAGAUCAACAAGAUGCGACGCUCAGGUGUUACUAGCAGCACAUCACCACUGCUUGACCUCGAAGGCACCUUGUCGCAACCCCUCUUCCCGGCUUCGGAGGUCACCGAGACAAAGCCCAGCAUGAUGAACGACUUCAUCUUGAUGCCUGACAAUGAGGCUACCGUCGACCCCGCUUCUCUCUCCCCUGAGCUCACCCCUGUUUCCGAUGAAGCCAUUUCCAAGCCGGCAACCCAGACAACGGCCCCGGCUACCAAGGCUCCGACCACCUCCCCUGACGUGACACAACAUCCAGCAGCGGUGUUCUCGGCAGAGCCCGCAACCGGCGCUUCAGAUGCUUUUGAUGGCCUCUUCGGCGAUGCUUUCAGCUUGUCAGAACCCAAUCCUGCUGAUAGCUGGUGCACUGAAGCACAGUUUAGCCCUUCGAGCGACCCCUUCAAUUUUGAGUACAAUCAUUUGGAUGGUCACGCUUCCGCAGAACUUCCGGAAUUCGACAUCUUCUCACAAUACCUUGACGACGAUCUCAGCGGCGCAGCUCAAGGCGCGAUCGCGGGACACGCCUCGGUCUCCUACGAACCCGAGCCUACUCUCAACCUCUUUGACUCUGAGACUCAAGUCUCUUCAGAAAAUCUUAACCUGCAGUCCCAUGCUGGCGCGUCCUCUAAAGGAUGCGACGCUGGACCUAUUGCGGUUGGUAUCUGA